GAUGGAUUAUAAAAUCUUCUUCUUUUUCACAUUGAAUUUGAUAACUACUGAUUCAGCCACAGUAACAAAAAAACAAAUUUUAAAUUGUCAAGUUGGACAAACCACUGAUAAGAUACUAUCUUGUGGAAUUUGUCAAAGUGGAACAAUUCAUUCAAUUGAUCGAUUAAGCUGCUACAAAUGUCCCGAUUAUUGUGCAAUUGGAUCCUGUAAACUAAAAGCGGAUACAAGUAAUCCUGCCGAUGCAACUAUUUGUGAAAAAUGUAUCAACAAUUAUUUUAUGAAGGAAGGAAGUUGCCAAAAAUGCUUGCCUGGCUGUAAAAAGUGUGAUUCUAUUGACAAAUGUCAAGAUUGUUUUUCCAAUUUUGCUUUACGAAGCAAAUCACAAGAUUGCAUUGCAUGCCCUCAAAAUUGUAAAAAAUGUAGUUGGCUAGUAACCACCCUUAAUGUACUAUGUGAAAUCUGCAAUGAAGGAUAUACUGUUCAAAAUAGGAACUGUGUAGCUUGUGGAUCAUACUGCAAAUCCUGCAAAUAUACUAAAGGCAUUGGAAUUACUUGCAACACCUGUGAUACCAAUGCUUAUAAAGAAACUAAUAAUAAUAAAAGUACUUGUAAACUAUGUUCUACAUCAAUGGCUGGCUGUGCCAAAUGUUCAAAUAAAGAUACAUGUACUGAAUGCAUCUCUAAAGCCUAUGUCCUGACUUCAUCUAAGAGCUGUACAAAAUGCAGUUCAAUCCACUCUUCCUGCUUAGAAUGUAAAGCAAGCAGUGGUACUAAUAAGUGUACAAAAUGUAAGAUUGGCUAUUAUAUAAAAGAUAAUUCAUGCUUUUCCUGUCCAAGGAAUUGUCAUACUUGUCUAGAAACCAACAAUGUUGUAAAAUGUUCAAGGUGUAUGGCUGAUUAUACAGUUCUUGCCAGUAAUGCAUGUGACAAAUGCCCUGAUAACUGUUUAGAGUGUGAAGUUUCUUCUUCCAAGCUCAUCUGUAAAGCUGACAAAUGUAAACCAAAAUAUACAAGAAAUUCACACAAUCUCUGUUCAAGGUGUCCUGAUAAAUGCAAUGAGUGCACUUGGAAUGCAGCCAACUCGAGGACUGAAUGUACUGGAACAAAUGCUAUUCAUUCAUGCAUUGAAAAGGAGACUGGAAGAUCAUGGGGACGAAAGAGUGAUGGAACUUGUGCAGCUUGCCCUAACAAUUGUGAUAAAUGCUACUUUGAAAAAAAUACUGCAAUAACUCCAGUUUGCUAUGCUUCUAUGUGCCAGAAUAAAUAUACAUUUGAUGAUAUUAGUGGUAUUUGCGUUUCCUGUCCAGAUGGUUGUGAACACUGCAAGAAAAGGCCGACUGGGCUAACCUGCAUUGAAUGUAGUAAAGGGUUUGCUCCUAAUUAUGGAAAUUCAUCAAAUAAUAUUGAAUUUUGUGUAGCUUGUUCGAUUGAAAACUGUGACUUUUGUGAGGUAAUAUCUAAUGAGGUGAAAUGUAUGAGAUCACCAUGUGAAAAUUUUGCAAGUAAGAAGUUCUCUUUUGAAACUGGAACCUGUGAAGAUAUUCCUAUUAAUAGUGUAUCUUUUAGUACGGAUACUGAUGAGAGUGAAUUUUUUUCUCUAGAAAGGACUAAUGGUACAUCAUUUGAUCAUGAUACUGCUAGUGAGUAUAUUGAGGCACACCCUGAUGAAGUUUUUGCCUGGAGGUUUCCACCACCACCACCACCACCAUCACCAUGUCCUCCAGGAAGCAUAUUCAUACCUUUUGGCCCAUUUUCUGGACAAUGCAGAGAUUGUGGGUAUAAUUGUGCUGAUUGUUUUUGGCCUUUCGAAGAGAUAGAUGUUAAAUGUAGAACAUGUAUUGGAAAUACUCAGUGGGUUGAUAUUGAGGUAGAAGGUGUAGCUUCUAGAGGAUGCUAUGAUUGCACCAAUGCAAGACUUCAAUGUAACAAAUUUGAAAGAUUUGGUUCUCAUCCAAAUUAUAAAUGUAGAUGUAAAGUUAAUGAAUGCAUGGGAGAUCAAACAGUUUCUGGAAAAGUUACAGCUUUACAGGAAUCCAAUUCAGCAUCAACACCUUUUCAAAAGUGUUCAGCAUGCUCUGAAAUGUUUCCAUAUGCUUUUGAAUGUUCUGGUUCCACUAAUGGAUAUCCAAAAGUCUCAAGCUGUCAAAUUGGAUUUGCUAAAUCUAAAGAAGAUGAUUUUUGUCUCAAAAUAGAUGACUUUUGUACAGUAUGGAAUGUUACCGAUACAGUUAAUUGUUUGGAUUGUGCAGUUGGAUCAUUUAAAUCUGAGCUUGGUUGUGAACCCUGUCCUCCUGGCUGUAGUGAAUGUUUUCUUUUGGAUAGUGAACCCUUUUGUAUAGCAUGUUCAAAUGGAAAAUCUGGUAGGGAUUGUAAAUCUUCACCUGAUAUUUGUGAUGUCAAAACUGUAGACUUUUGCGAACAAAAACUAAAUGUAGUUGAACAAAACUUUAUAGUAGCAAUUUGCAGCUGUGUAGCUUGUAAUUCCAAUUACAAAAUAGAAAAUGCAUUAUAUAAAAGUGGCCAAAGAGUUGGAAGUUGUACAGUCAGAGAUGAUAUAAUAGGCCCUUUACCAAAUUGUUUAAUGCAUAGCUCAACUCCAGAAGGUAUUGGAUGCAGCAGAUGUAAUCAAUCUGCCACACUAAUAAACCACCGAUGUGUUGGCAUAGACAAUUGUAAACCAGGAUUCAAUGGAAAAUAUAUGGACAAAGUUCAGUGCAAUGUACCUGCUAAGAAUUAUAUAAAAAAUGAUACUGAAAUGAUUUAUGUUCCAUCAUCACUUCAAGGAGGACUUUACUGUAAAGGCUAUAUUUCAAAAUCACAGACUUUUUCUGUUAAUGCAGCACGGUGUGCUGGUUGUGAACCAGGAUACGUUUUAGAUACUUCCAAUGAAAAUCAAUAUACAUGCAUUUCAUGCCAGCUAUCAAAUUUACCAAAUUGUGUAUUUGCUAUUGCUUUCAAUUCAAAAUGCAUUUGUGGGAGAUGCUAUACUGAUACAGCAGAUAAACAUUUUCUCAAACAUCCAGUUGAUUCAGGAUGUAUAGAAAUUGCAGAUAUACCAGAUUGUAAUGAAUACACACUAAAACUAACAGAAGGAGUAUAUGUUUCAGUCUGUAAUGAAUGUAGUAAUGAUAAAAUAGUUUCUAAAGAUGGCCAAACAUGCCUUCCCUGUGGACCAUGUCACAAUGGAAUACCAAAGCUGAAUUUGACACGAGAUGCAUGUGAAUGCACAUGUUUAAACAAUUCAUUUUUAAACACUAACUCUAAUGGUUGUGUUAACUGUUCUUUAGAUCAAAUUCCCAACUGUAAAGUUUUCGGAUUAAUUAAUGAUGCUUGUACAUGCUCAGAAUGUUUACCUACUUAUGAACUGAUUGGCAAUUCACAGUGUAUUAAUUGCCAAAAUGAUAUAAUAUGUACUGGUGGAACAGCAGUAAAGAAUUCAGGAAAUAUGUGUGUAUGCACAUGUUCAAGUAAUGCCUUGUUGAAUUCUAAUUCAAAUGGUUGUGUUAGUUGCUCUUCAGAUCAAAUUCCAAACUGUAAAGUUUUCGGAUUAAUUAAUGAUGCUUGUACAUGCUCAGAAUGUUUACCUACUUAUGAACUGAUUGGCAAUUCACAGUGUAUUAAUUGCCAAAAUGAUAUAAUAUGUACUGGUGGAACAGUAGUAAAGAAUUCAGGAAAUAUGUGUGAAUGCACAUGUUCAAGUAAUGCCUUGUUGAAUUCUAAUUCAAAUGGUUGUGUUAAUUGCUCUUCAGAUCAAAUUCCAAACUGUAAAGUUUUCGGAUUAAUCAAUGAUGCUUGUACAUGCUCAGAAUGUUUACCUACUUAUGAACUGAUUGGCAAUUCACAGUGUAUUAAUUGCCAAAAUGAUAUAAUAUGUACUGGAGGAACAGCAGUAAAGAAUUCAGGAAAUACAUGUGUAUGCACAUGUUCAAGUAAUGCCUUGUUGAAUUCUAAUUCAAAUGGUUGUGUUAGUUGCUCUUCAGAUCAAAUUCCCAACUGUAAAGUUUUCAGAUUAAUCAAUGAUGCUUGUACAUGCUCAGAAUGUUUAGUUAAUUAUCAGUUACAUGGGAAAACACAAUGCAUAAACAAUACAAAUGGUGAGGGUGGAGCAGGGGUCAUUGCAAAUUGUAAAGAAUACAAUAGCCCAGCUGUUUCAGAAUGUAUAGAAUGCAUUUCUGGUUGGGCUCUUGAGCCUGCUUCCCCUUUAACAAUAUCAAAAUGUCAUCAAUGCCAAGCUGGAUGUAAAUCAUGUAUUGUUGAUGUAACUUCAACACCAACUACAGUUAACAAGUGCACUGAAUGUUUAUCAAGCUAUGCACUUAAUAAUGCUGGAACAUGUAUACAAUGCCCAUACAAUUGUGAUGAAUGCAGAGCUGAUCCUGAAAAUCAAAAUAAUGCUAUAUGCCUCUCUUUGGGAUGCAGAUUAGGUGCUUUGAAAGAUUCUGAUUUCAGUUGCAAUUCUUGUUCUAUUGCCAAUUGUGAAGUAUGUGUACAACAAAUCAAUGGAAUAUUCAAAUGUUUGAAAUGCCAUCGAGGUUAUUAUAAAGAUAACAAUGGAAACUGUGUAGCUUGUAUUGCAAACUGUCCUGUUUGUUUAAAUGAUCAGUAUUGUAUAUCUGAUGGUUGCAAAGAAGGCUUUAUUAGACACAGAACUGAGGGAACUUGUCUGCCUUGUACUGGAGAUGGAGUAGCAAGAUGUUCAUAUCAAACAGCUUCAUCCAAUAUACUUAUACCACAAAUAUGUAAAAUUGGUUUCAGAUUAAACAAAUCCACCAAUCUUGCUUUUUGUGAAAGAUGUGAUCCAAAUUGUAAAAAAUGUAAUGUUAAUGGAAUUGCUAAAUGUGAUGAUGAACAAUGUAAUCUUGGUUAUUUCUAUGAUCCAAUUAGUAAAGAAUGUUUUCAAAAUAAACCAAGAUGUGAGAAAUCAGAAAGGCUAUGUCCAACUGGAUGCAAUUCUUGUUCACUAGUUGGAGAAAGUGUUCAAUGCACUUCUUGUCUACCAAGCUAUGGGUUGAGUCAAGGAUCAUGUAAACAAUGCAAUGUAGAUAAAUGCCAAACAUGUGAAAUUCCAUCUGGAAAAUCUUCAAUGGUUUGUACACAAUGCUCAGAGCAACAUUACUUAAAUGCUGAUAGUUGUGGUAAAUGUCCACAUCUCUGCAAGGAAUGCUCUCACAAUGGAAACUAUCAAUGUAAAACAUGCUUGAAAGGAUAUGGUAAAGCAUCUGAUGGAACUUGUAUUCAUUGUCCAUCAAAUUGUGAAAUAUGUGCUGUAAACUCCAAUAGAAUUGGUAUAUGUAUUAAAUGUGCAUCAAAUGAAUUUUCUCUUCAAACUGAUGGAACAUGCAUGCCUUGUUCAUCUGCUGUAUUUGCCAACUGUGCAACAUGUAGUUCAACAACAUUAAAUAGAAAGGCUGUUUGCAAUUCAUGUACUGCUGGUUAUUCUUUAAGUGAUGAUGGAGAAGAGUGCAUACCAUGUUCAAUAACUAAAUGCUCCAUGUGCAUUCAUGGAAAUAUUUGCUCUGAAUGUAAAACUGGUUUCCACUUGAUGAAUUAUAACAAGGAAUGUGCUCAAAAAUGUUAUGAAUGUAAAGGAAAUCAAGCUGAAUGUGGAGAUGAAAUUUCCAGUAGCAACAACAAUACAGAUAAAAUGAGAAUUGUUAAUUGUUCCAUUGGAGAUUGUUGGGCAUAUAGAAGUGAAAGUUUCAGUAAAUUAGAAUAUGCCAGAGGCUGUUCAAAUGAAACUUGCACUUCGGAAACAGAACACGAAUAUUGUAAGUCUGCAGAUGGAAAGAUAGAGUGUGUAAAAUGCUGUAAGGGAGACAAGUGCAAUUCUUGGGAAUUAGAUGGCAAGGCAGGAGUUGAAAAAACUACUUAUAAAUUGCCAUUAAUUGCUAUUUCUGUCAUUUAUGUAUUUUUUUUUCAAAGUAAACCUUUUAAUUAAGUUUCC